AGUCGCAGUAUAUAUGUGGGCCAUUGUCAGUGCAUGUCGCAUCUGUUAGUUUUUCUCAGGGUAGGUAGUCGGACCAAGCAGCAAAACGUUGAACGGUAUACUGUAGUUGCACAGACCCGGAAUCAUGAAGGUGCUGCUGGUGAUCGCUUUGGCUCAGCUGGCCGUCGGCUUUGAGCUGACCGACCCCGAUUGGGUCGCCUUCAAGAGCGCUCAUGGCAAAGCGUACUCGCACCCCGCCGAGGAGGCCGCCCGUCUGGCCAUCUUCAAGGACAACCAGCGUCUGAUCGCCGAGCACAACACCGGCAACCACUCCUUCAAGCUGGGCGUCAACAAGUUCGCCGACCUCACCAACGCCGAGUACCGCCAGCUGCUCGGCCACAGGGCGGCCGAGAGGCGCGGCCUAAAGGCGUCCGUCAAGCACAUGAAGAGGGGCGUCACUGAGGCCACCGUAGACUGGCGUGAUUACGGUGUGGUGACGUCGGUCAAGGACCAGGGGAUGUGCAGCUCACCCUGGGCGUUCUCGACCACCGGCGCUGUGGAAAGCAUGUGGGCCCUGGCUGGAAACCCGCUGAUUGCGCUUAGCGAGCAGCAGCUCGAAGACUGCUCCUACAGCUAUGGAAACACGCCCUGUGGCGACGGCCUGGCGUCAAACGCCUUCGAGUACCUGGUGGACGAGGGCGGCAUCAUGUCGGAAGCUGAUUACCCGAGCACCAUGGCGUCGUACCCGAACUGCAACUACGACCCGGCCAAGGCGACCGCCAAAAUCUCCUCCUGGGUGCAGAUCCCCGAGGGCGACGAGUCCGAGCUGGAGGACGCCGUCGCCAACGUCGGACCGAUAGCCAUCCGCACCGACGCCUCCCACUUCUCCUUCCAGCUGUACUCCGGCGGUGUGUACAACGAGCCGCACUGCUCCAGCAGCCGCCUGGACCACGCCAUGCUGGUCGUCGGCUACGGCACCGAGAACGGCCAGGACUACUGGCUCGUCAAGAACUCGUGGGGCACCGGCUGGGGUCUCAGUGGCUACAUCAAGAUGAGCAGGAACGCCGGCAACCAGUGCGGCGUGGCCACCGACGCCAACUACCCCUUGCCGUAAACACCUCGACAUUAUGGCAUAUGGCAAUGCUAAGCAUUAGGUAUCUGGGUGUGCAAUUUGUGCUCGACAUCACUUGCGAAAGCAUUCCUGAACAUAUUUUCUUGACUGUGUUCACAAAAUGUUAUCCUGCGAAAUAAAACCCGGGCGACGACGUAACGAUCGAACGAAACGGAGUAAACUACAAAAAGUGUGAAUGAUGAAAGGCAAAAUAGUCAAAACUAAGGUAUCCAUCGGCCACAUAUAGGGGAGAGCGGGGAGAGUUGUAUCAUGUCCAAGUUGUAUCAGGGCGAAUUGUGCCAAACUUAUCCAAUAGAUAGCGCUCGUGACACGACCAGCCGACGAGGUUUUCCGGGCGCCAUCUUUCCCUGUUUUGUCGUGUGGCUGGGUGGACGCGUCUCGAGGUGAGAGCCGAUUUUAUGUUUUUUUAAUGUCAUUCUAAAAAAUUGAGUUGCAAGAAAAUGUGUGUUUUGGGCAUUUAGAUGUGCACGAAUUUCAAAUAUCUCCGUAGCGGUGGUGAGGGUAGGUUCUAAGGCUGCGUUAGUGAAAAUGGAUUUCUCCAGCUGUCCGCUGUUUUUGAGCACGAGGAUGUUUUUUCCAAGAUGGCGGCGAGGUACAUGUUGUAUCAGAGCCGGGUGGGGUAUGUUGUAACAUGUAUGUAUGUAUGGGUAUGUUGCUUUUGAUCGCGAAAGCUAAGCCCUGUCUCGCGUUUGUAGGUAGCUAGUCAAUACUCGUUCCAUUUCGGCACAAUGUGUUGGCUUCUUUGCUCUCAGCGGGCCACUUUUGCAUCUAGUCUGUUGAUGUUUCGUUCGCUUCGAUGUUUCGUUCGGAUUGCAUUGACCUAAGUUUGGUCUCAUAAAAGUGAAGCCUUUGAGCAUAUACAUUGUAUUAACCCCA